GUUCUGUGUGUGCGUCGAGCGCGGUGCAGUGUGCGGUAUAUUACUAUCGGAUUUUAGACAUUAUAAUGUUCUCAUCCCUUUUGGACGUAGCUCGGAACUCACCAUUCCGUGGGCCCCUCACUCCUGCACAAUGUGAACCAUCUUCACUUGCUGCACCACAAGCUGCACAGAGUGGCAUGGCGGCGGCGGCGGUGGUGCAAGGCGACUCCUGCGAGUUCGCCUCGCCCAAAUACUUUGCGCUCUGCGGACUUGGAGGCAUCCUAUCUUGUGGUAUAACUCAUACGGCGGUGGUGCCCCUCGAUCUGGUGAAAUGCCGAUUGCAAGUGGACCCCGAUAAGUACAAGAAUGUGCUUACCGGUUUUAAGGUGUCCGUGCGCGAGGAGGGUAUGCGCGGUCUCGCUAAGGGCUGGGCGCCAACCUUCAUCGGUUACUCCCUACAGGGUCUGUGCAAAUUCGGCCUGUACGAGGUGUUCAAAGUGACUUACUCCGGCAUGUUGGACGAAGAGACUGCAUACACGUACCGUACUUUCGUGUACCUCGCCGCUUCCGCAUCCGCAGAGUUCUUCGCCGAUAUCGCUCUGUCGCCUUUAGAAGCCGCCAAGGUCAGAAUCCAGACGAUGCCGGGAUUCGCUACAACUUUACGCGAGGCGUGGCCCAAAAUGUUGCAGAAUGAGGGCUACGGUACCUUCUACAAAGGUCUUGUCCCGCUGUGGGGUAGACAGAUCCCAUACACCAUGAUGAAGUUCGCCUGUUUCGAGAAGACCUUGGAGCUGCUGUACAAGUACGUGGUGCCGAAGCCGCGCGAGCAGUGCUCCAAGGGCGAGCAGCUGGUGGUGACGUUCGCGGCGGGCUACAUCGCGGGCGUAUUCUGUGCCAUCGUGUCCCACCCUGCAGACACGGUCGUCUCCAAACUCAACCAGGACAAGACCGCGACAGUGGGUUCUAUAGUGGGUAAGCUCGGAUGGGCUGGAGUAUGGAAGGGUCUUGGACCCAGGAUCAUCAUGAUCGGUACUCUAACCGCUCUACAGUGGUUCAUCUAUGAUGCUGUCAAGGUGUGGCUGAGGAUGCCCCGACCACCGCCAGCCGAGAUGCCCGAAUCUAUGCGCAAGCGACUUGAAGCCGAAGAAGCGGCGAAGUCCAAGUGAAAUGUUCUAGGGGAAAAAAGCCAUUUCUAGAAUUAAUAUACCGACAGUAACUUAUUCCAUGCACGUAUUUGUAUUGUUUACUGUAAAGACAUUUUGUAACUGUAUUAUUUAGAUUAUUUAUUUAUAAACAUAUUUGUAAAAGUAUUUCUUACAUAAAACUCAAGUUAUAGGUAAUUCAAUAGAAAAAAAAUGUGCAUGGAUAUUUAUUGAGCCGACUGUAACAGUAUUUCUGUCACACAUAUAGUUGUUAAAUGCAAAAUAUGUAUGGGGGCUUAUAGGGGCUUAGAGAAAAAGAUGUGUUAUAGAAGUAGUAUUACGAUGGCAGUAGCAGUGUCGGUUAUGUAAUAAUUGUUGCUGCACGUAUAUAUUAUAGGUUCAAAUUGUAAUUACCAUUUUAAACAGUAUAUAAAGUUAUUGAUCAUGUUAAAUUAUUUCUCGAAUAAAUACUAUUUUAUUUAUUCUUUAUUUUAUGAUAUUCUACGGCCGCAGUACAAGUUGUCUAUUACUAUAUAUUAUAACUGUAACCAAAGAGUGUAACUCUACAUCCAUUUAUUUGAAAAUAAAGCCGAUAGUCCUACAUAUUUGUUUAAUUUUAUACUUUUAUGUAAGGUAAAUAUAUUAUUAUAUUAUAAUAACAGAGUAAUAAAUAUUAACGAGGCAAACUUGCGAAAAUAACGAAUCUUUAUUGCCCCUUGCACUUUGGCAAAACAUUGAACCAUUUCUAAGUAAAGAACAAUAGUUUAUUGCAUUUUAUGACAUGACUGCCUUUUUAGUGCCGCCCCCUUCCCUACAAUGUGUUUUCAGUUAUUAUUCUUGCUAGUCUCUAAUAGUUUCUUGUUGGGAGCACACCUAACCUCUAUAUAUUUUAUUUUAUUUUUUAAAUGACAUUAAAAUUUGAAUUUGCGUGUUGUUGUUGGCGUUUGUAAUUUUGUGAAUUAUGUGUUAUGAGAUGAUUUUGUGAUUGACAUGUGUAAAUGCUGCUAAACACAAUUUAAAUGGUUGGUUUAAGAGGGCGGCAUCAUUUAAGGUAUUACAUAUGAUAUAGAAUGUGAAGUUUCAUCUAGAUACUGGCUGUGUAAAUGGGAAUUGUUCAUGUAAGUAUAUUUUUAAAUAUAUCUUUAGCUAUAUACUGAACGUAACUUUGCAUUAGCGUUGCCCAAUUUCAAAAGUAUCAAAUAUACGUAUCAAAACAACAUGCUAUAUAGCGUUACUGAUCCAAAAAAGAGUUGCAUUAUAUUUAUUUUUUCUAAGUAAUAAUUACGAGACGUUUUUCUUUUGCAUAUGGAUGGACGUAAUCAAUGUAGAGCUGCAAUAAAUGUGUAUAUAUUUUUCAAAUUAAAAUUGUUCUCUUGUAUGCUUUCAGUAUAUAAGGCAUUUAGCAUAAUUACAGAUUAAUUUGCAUUUUGUGCUCUUUUGUGUUCAGUAAAUACGUAGCCGCCAUUUUGUGUAAUUGUCCUAGUGUGUAGUGCAUAUUACUGAAUUCGUAAAAUUUUCAAAAUUAAUUUAAACACGAGUAAGAUAUUAACAUUGAUUAACAAUAACAAAUCUAAUUAUUUGUAAUUAUUGAUAUUGAUAGUAACAUUUAUUAUUCAACAAAUAUUGAGAGAAGAGGUAAAGAUACAGAUAAUUUUUAUAAAUAGAAGUUUUGUACCGCGUAUAAUUUCAAUAUAAUAUUAAAUAUACAAGAAAAUUAGUAAUACAAAUAUAUCUGCCGAAAUAAAAGAGAUGCAAAUCAUAGAUUAUAAUGUUAUUCGUAGUAGUGUAUUAUUAGACCAGCUUUUAACCCUGAGUUAAAUUAAAAGUUAGAUUUGUAAAAUGUUAAAAUAAAAUAGAGAUCUAUGAAUUUGGCGCAUAAAAGGUACCUUAUCAUUUAUGAAUCAUUAUCAAUUAUCAUUAUUUUCAUGAAAAAAAAAAAUGGUCAGAAUCGAUUUUGUAUGAAAACUAAUCAUUAAUGUUAUCAGAUUUUUUUUGUAUAGUGUAGAUUAGAUUCACUCACGAUCUUGAUCUAUUCAUGAAGUUUCAACAAUUUGCUCCACAAUUUUAUACAUGGUACAACUAUAUUAAGUCUCAAUCUUAAUAUAGUUAUUAGAAGAUAGAAGAAUGUGGUGAUCACUACCAAGCUAUUUCUAAUUUGUUUUGUGGUUAAUUGUGAUUACAUGAUUGUAAGCUGUUAUUUAAAAAAAAAUGUCCCUCCCGCUGGGUUUCUUGCUGGUUCUUGCCAGGACAGAGGGUUUUUUUCGAACCAGUGGUAAUUAAACAAAAGAGUGACUUUCAAUAAGUUUUAUUAUAAAUCUAUAUCAAAAAAAAGUUUGUUUCUGAUUGUAGCAUGAAUGGGUUGGCUGGACUGGGAAAGACCUACUUUCUCACAGAAUAGCAGCAUAGUGCUGCUGUUUCGUGUGGUGAGUGUAGAGUACCGGAGAUACCCUUUUCACUGGAAGAGUUGUUCCAACUUAAUAUUCAGUGAGUGGUGACAGUGCAUUCUGCAUUGGAUUCUUAAUCGAGGUAGCAGACAGAUGUAGACACCCAUGAUCCAUUCAUCCACUUACCAUCAGGUGAACUUUCUUUUCGGUUACCCUUAUUCUGUAAAGAAGCCAUUCCGAAGAUAGGACAGACAGAUACAUAAAACUAAAUAAACAUGUAAAAUAAAUAACUGCUAAAGUUUUAUAGAAGUAAGUUAUUUCAUUAUAACAGACUACACAUCUAUACAUAUAAUAACAUUGAAAUUGCAGAGGAUUAAUUGAUUUAGACAAGAAUUUAAAACUCUUAUUAAACCAUCAUGUGCUCUGAAGAAAAUAUUAUAGUUUUUACACAUUUAAGAGCUGUAUUAUAUUCAGUUAUAUUAUCUAACAUUAUUAAUAGAUAAAACAGUUGUAUUAUGCUUACAAUAUUUACAACAAUAUAACAAGUAUAUAAUAUUAAAUGGAUCUGAAAUUUUGUAUAGACCAUAGAUUUCUUAACAUAUUAUAUUUUAAUAAAAGUAAUGGCUAGGGAAAUUAAACAAAAUUCAUCGAUAAUAUAUUUAUUCAAUAAAUGUAACAUUCAUAUAAUAUAUUGACAAACUUCUUGCUAAUUAGAAAUUCACAAUAUUUGAAUUUAAGACACUUAAUUUUUAUCAUUUUGUUUUUAUUUGUUUUUACAAGCUUUAUAUAACUUGCUUCCUUUGUAUGCCUUUUUGUUUUAAAAUUUGACAAUCCAUUUUCCAAAUACUAGUUGACAUCCAAUAGAGCUGAAAAUUGUCAUGCACAUGUAACUUCAAUGACAAUAUAAUAAUAUGGUACCAUUGCACUGAUUUUAUGAUGGACGGGAUGCUAGUUUUAACAACACUGAUAAAUGCUCACUUUUUAAGUUACUGCCCGGACACAGGAAUCUCUCAUUUUUAGAGUUAACUCGCUGAUUUAGUAAGUGAUAUAUUUUACAGAAGUGUUUUGUACACGACAAAAUAAAAAUAAAUUGAAUAUGAUUAUAAAAAUUUUACUGUUUUUAUACAAUAGUUUUUAAACACAAUUUUAAUAAUGUAUUCCUUUCAAUAAAACAUUACAUGUUAAGACAGUGUAGUAUAAUAUGCACAAAACGCUUCACAAUUUUAAUUAAAAUUUUCGGUCAAGUUUAUUUAGUAAUGGGCUGCUGCACCCCUUAGUUAAAGGUUUAUUUUAAACUUUCAGUAAUAUGUUAUGAUUAAUUAAAUUCAAAAUGUAUCUUAAUGUUAAUUCAAAACUAGAAAUACCAGUUACAGUUACAACACUGUUGAAAAUACUUAAUAGUAUUACUAAAAUAUAUUUCUUUUUAUAAAACUUUACAUUGCUAUUGAGUUACAGAGCUUAGCCAGAAAUGGUGUAACAUGGGAUGUUUAUGUUUGCUUAGAUAUUUGUUUGUGUGCUAUUUUAGUAGUUUCACAAUAAUUCCUUGUGACGCAGUGAAUGUGUGCAUGUUCAGCUUUUUGUUGUUCGUUAAUCAUUCAAUGUGUUAUGUAUGGUAUAUGUGUGUUGUAUGUUUAUGAAUUAUUUAUUCUAUCACUCUUAUGUUCUUGCUAGAUAGCAGCUUUGAAAAUAUUCAGCUAUAUUGCUUGCAUAAUUAUACUGUGCUUCAAAUUUUUGUGGUGUUAAUUUUUACAUAUUAUUGCAAUAUAAUUUAAACACUCUUAAUUAAUAUUUAAUAAACAAUUAAAAAUACAUAAAGGAGGCACAAUAGGCAGUCGUAUCACAAAGCCAUUUCUUCCAGACAAUUUUUAAUAUCAUUUUGAAAAUAUGACACAUUUUGGAAUUGCAAAAACUCAGUAAUAGCUAAAAAUAGUUUCUAUGAUUUUACUGUGCAAUUUAAAAAAAAACAAAGUACUUUUAAUAUAUAAACAACACCAAAAAUAAUAUUUUUAAAUUUAAUAAUAAAUUUGAUUUUUU